AGGGUUGGUUACUUCACAUGCAAGACAGGCACCAAGUGUGGAAGUCGGAUCAACCAGACUAAAGAAACUCAAGCAUUUGUAAGGAGCUCUUUCCUCAGGUGUAAAUGAAAGGACUUUGUCCCUUUCCAGGGCGAGAUCCGUAAUCAUUAACUCAUUUGACUUAGAAAAACUGUUUUAUUGUCAGACAAUUCAGUAGGAAGGUAAGGUCUCUUGCUGUGAGUGAAAAUGAAAUAAAUGAAGCUCAUCUCCAGCAGGAGCACUGAGACCAUCAGGAAAAGGGUUUUUCUAGUGAAGAUGUCCUAGGUGAAAUCUUGUGGAUCCAGACACAAGUUUUGUUCUUGAUGACCGCUCAGCUUCAUCCUCCGGAGUUUUAAGGAUUCUCCAGAACCAAAAGCCUCGUACCAGAACUACUACUGGCCAUAACUGCAGCCGAAACCAGAAGGAAAUGAGUUGCCUCCGUGCUUGCUUCAGAGUCAGAGGUCCUCGCGCAGAGACAGCAGCUAUGAAAAGGCAAAGCUCUGGUCAGGAGCACGAGAUCAUUGAAUUACAAGAAGAUAACGUGGAGGAAAGUGAGGCUGAUCAUGGCAAGCCUCUAGAUGCUCAGACGAGAAAGGAGAGAGAUCCUUGGAAAUCAUGCGGGAAUGUAGUUUUCUGGAAGUGUAAACUAUGGAUGAUUAUAACUACAAUUUUUCUAGUAUUCUUCCUGGUCAUUCUCAUCAGCCUAAUUCUUUAUUCUAAUGUUUACACAGAUGAGGAUGACUAUUGGGAUCCCGAGGCGCUACUAAAUAGUAGAAAUUAUCGCAAUUUUUCAGGAACGUUGGAGUUAAUGUGUGGUCUCCCACACCUCUUCUCUGAAAACAUUACUAAGAGGUUAACAGAUGUCUACAGUUCAUCUCCAGCUCUAGGGCGCUACUUUAGGUCGGCUCAGGUGGUUUAUUUCAGUAAUGAAAGCUCCACUGUAUUUUAUCAGCUAGAGUUUUCUGUACCACCGUCAACAGAGGGGUUUAUGGAAAACACAAUGAACCCAGAUUUUAUAAGGAACGUUCUACGUCAAAAUAUUUACGAUGAAGAUGAUUCUUUUAAUACUGGGGCGUCUGAAUGUAACAGGUUAAAGCUUGACCCAACUUCUCUCACAUUAACAUAGUAACGAUGGAAAGACUCCUCAUCUUCCUUAUCGUCUAGGAGAGAUGGGCUUCUUCUCUCUAUUAGUAAUCCCAGGGCCGGGAGCUGUUCAUUCGGUAGAAACAAUUCUAAAGACUUUGUCCUGUAAAUACUGUCUGUGAUGCAAUAUUGUAAACGGGAAAUGGUAUAUUUAUAACAGUGUUGUACUCAUAAACAUUGCUACCUCCUUCUUUAUCGUUGUCCUGAUAUAUCAAUAACCCAUUUCGCCCUUGUGAAAAUUGUGUAUCUUGCCUGACGCAUGCUCUGUUGACUUUGAAAUCUCUGUUUUAUCUUGCCUUGUGAUUAAAAUUGGUUUCCCUGCAUGAGCUUUAGAAGGAUUCUUGCACAUGGCUCCUUUCUUCUGCUCUUGGAUUAUCCAAAAUUAUCUGCACGGAUUUGUCCUUAAUGCUCCCUUCCAUCCAUGCCCAGGUCUGUUACUUUCCCCCGCCAACUUCACGUGCCUUGUUUCCCUGUUAUACUUUCCUCUCAAAACAGCCUGAAAACUUAAAUAUACUUCCGGUUUUCUUUAAUUACAGGCAAGACCUUUGCUUCUUAAAUGAGCUUUAACUCUCAUCAUUCCUUUGUUAAUCCUACAGUCUUCCUGAACAAGGUGGUAUAUUUUUCUCUUCUGUAAUGUGAAAUAGAAAUGGAGAAGGAAGAAACAUAUCUCGUUCAUUACUGCACCUGAAUGCAACCGGAAUCUUGAAAAGGCCACGUUAGCUGUGUGCUUUAAUAUUUAGCUACUGGUACUUGUAAAAAGACAGUUAUUUGACCCUCAUUUGUAAAUUCAAUGAGAAACUAGUCUAUACCCUAAUUAUGCUCCCUGCCCCUGCAGUGGGGAUAAAAAUGGACAGAUGCAAGACAUUUGCCUUAAUAAGGCAGCAAGUAGUUGUUCUUGUUGACAAGAGAUCAGAUGAGAUGGACCAAUGCCAAGAAGAAGGUGCUGAAGCAGGUCACGUAAGCCAAUGCGGCAUGAAAGUUGUAGCCAGUAAUUAACUGUAACACGAAAAUUAAAAAAUAAGCGUUAACUUUACACAGAAUGUGAUGGAUUCACUACCAUGUUAGUGAAGUAUUGCUUCUUGUUAUUUGUUUAUAGCCAGUAUAACUGUUAGUACUGUUGGAUAGACAAAUUUAUUUUAUGAAACCUUUUGUAUUGUGAGAAAUAUCUUAUGGGAAAUUGUUUCUCUUUUUCUAAUGUUACUAGUUUAUUUAAGGAGUAAUAUGAUAAU